GGGACUCUGAUCCUCUCGCUGUUCCUCCGUUGUCCUGUAAAGCUUCAUCCUUCUUCCCAGUCGCUCGGUUCCUUGUCGGCGUCUGCGCAUCUGUGUCUGCUUUUCAGCCUCGUCUUCAAAGUUUCUACUCCAAGAACUUUUUCAAAAUCCCCCACCAUGGCCGACGUUAACGUUGAUGUCCUCGUCAUUGGCAUGGGACCUACUGGUCUCGGUGCCGCCAAGCGUCUCAACCACAUCAACGGCCCUUCAUGGCUGAUUGUCGACUCCUCCAACAAGGCUGGUGGUCUUGCCGGCACUGAUGUCACCCCCGAGGGUUUCCUCUACGAUGUCGGUGGCCAUGUCAUCUUCUCCCACUACAAGUACUUCGACGACUGCAUCGACGAGGCCCUCCCCAAGGAGGAUGACUGGUACACCCACCAGCGCAUCUCCUACGUUCGCUACAAGGGUCUCUGGGUCCCCUACCCCUUCCAGAACAACAUUUCCAUGCUCCCCAAGGAGGACCAGGUCAAGUGCAUUGACGGUAUCAUCGACUCUGCUCUUGAGUGCCGUGUUGCCAACACCAAGCCCAAGGACUUUGACGAGUGGAUUGUGCGCAUGAUGGGUGAGGGUAUUGCCAACAUCUUCAUGCGACCUUACAACUACAAGGUCUGGGCCGUUCCCACCACCAAGAUGCAAUGCCAGUGGCUCGGUGAGCGUGUCGCUGCUCCUGACGCCAAGCUCGUCACCAAGAACGUCAUCCUGGGCAAGGUCGCCGGUAACUGGGGUCCCAACGCUACCUUCCGAUUCCCUGCCCGCGACGGUACCGGUGGUAUCUGGACCGCCGUUGCUGAGACUAUCCCUAAGGAGAAGAAGCGCUUCGGCAAGAGCGGUGAGGUCACCAAGGUCGAUGCCAAGGGCAAGAUCGUCCACUUCGCCGACGGUAGCACCAUUGGCUACAACAAGCUCGUCAACACCAUGGCCGUUGACCACCUUGCCGAGAAGAUUGGCGAUGAGGAGCUCAUCAGCCUCACCAAGGGUCUCUACUACUCCACCACCCACGUCGUUGGUGUUGGUAUCCGAGGUGAGCGCCCUGAGCGCAUCGGUGACAAGUGCUGGCUGUACUUCCCCGAGGACAACUGCCCCUUCUACCGUGCCACCAUCUUCUCCAACUACUCCCCCUACAACCAGCCUCAGGCUGAUGCCAAGCUUCCCACUCUCUACCUCGCCAACGGCGAGCCUGCUGAGUCUGACGAGGCUAAGGAGGGUCCUUACUGGUCCAUCAUGCUGGAGGUUUCCCAGUCCACCAUGAAGCCCGUCGAUGUUGAGAACCUCCUCAAGGAGAGCAUCCAGGGUCUCAUCAACACUGAGAUGAUCAAGCCCGAGGACGAGAUCGUCUCUACCUACCACCGCGCUUUCGACCACGGUUACCCCACCCCCACCCUCGAGCGUGAGGGCGUCCUCAAGCAGCUUCUCCCCAAGCUCGAGAGCAUGGACAUCCUGUCUCGUGGCCGAUUCGGCAGCUGGCGAUACGAGGUCGGCAACCAGGACCACUCGUUCAUGCUCGGUGUUGAGGCUGUCGAUGCCAUCCACAGCGGUGCUGUCGAGUUGACCCUCAACUACCCCGACUUUGUCAACAGCCGCCAGAACACCGAGCGACGCCUCACUCAGAACUUUGUGUUCACCCCUCCCCAGGCCAACGGUACCAAGGAUCUGCCCAGCCACAGCCGCUAAGGUCUCGGGCUCUGUAAAUGGCGACCGUUUUUGUUCCGGGGGAUGGAAGCAACUACGUGAGCAAUCCAACAUUGAACGCGUUUUGUGAUUUUUUGAAGACAUGUGCAUAAGGAGACCAUACCAUCCAAGUGGGAAGCGACCUAGCAUCUCAAGGCAUGAUGAAUGAGGAUUUAGGAUUGAUGAUGGGAGAAAAGACGGCUGCUGGUGAGGGUUUCCCAGCUGGCAUGGAAUGAAUACAGGGUUGCCGCAGGAGGGUGCGGACGGAGGUUCAUGAUAGAGGAUAGAACAUGAUCCUUUCUCUUAGGAUUAGACGAAUGAACGGAUUGUCCUAUAAACAUACAUAAUAUUAUACAUUUU